AUGCCGGUCACCAAACUUCCCUUCCACGCCGACCACAUUGGCUCACUGAUUCGGCCCGCCAGCGUGUCCGAAGCGCAAGAGAAGGCAGAUGCAGGCCAGAUUUCCCACGAUGAGCUUCGCACGGUGCAAAAGCAGGAGAUUGCAGAGAUUGUGAAGAAGCAACAGGACAACGAUGUGCGAGCAUUAUGCUCGGGCGAGUUCGAUCGCAAGUACUAUUUCAGCGGUUUCUUCGAGAAGCUGGAUGGCUUCAAAGAGGUCAGUCCUGUGCCAUGGGAGCUUGCGAGACUCUCUGCUGCACCGAUCGCGGCAUUGAAGAAAGCUGGCAAGCAAUAUCCAAUGGCAGCGAUCUGCGAUGGCAAGAUCAAGUACUCGAAGAGUCCUUACCUUGAGAACUGGAAGCUGCUACGCGAUUGCGUGCCUCAAGAGCAGUGGAAAGACUGCAAAUUCACUAUGCCCCCUCCGUGCUACUUCCACUUGCGUCUUGGUCGUGGCAAAUGCUACAGUCCAGAGGCAUACUCGAACGAUGCAGAUUUCUUCGCGGAUCUUGCUGCCGCAUAUAGGCAGGAGUUUAAGACGCUGUACAAGGAAGGUCUUCGCAACAUUCAGAUCGACGAUCCGACAUUGGCGUACUUCUGCUCAGAAGACAUGCUGAAGGGUCUUCGUGCGGAUGGCGAGGAUACUGACAAAAUGUUCGAGCUGUAUCUGAAGGCUCACAACGACUGCAUUGCGGAUCGACCAGACGACCUUCACGUCGGCUUGCACAUUUGCAGAGGAAACUUCUCCAAGUCGAUGCAUUUCAGCGAGGGAUCGUACGAAGCGAUUGCCGAGCAAUUCUUCAAGACGCUCAACUAUGACACCUUCUAUCUGGAGUACGACAAUCCUCGCAGCGGCGGAUUCGAGCCGCUUCGCUUCUUGCCAAAGCACAAGAAUGUCGUGUUGGGUGUAGUGACCACAAAGGAUCCGCAAUUGGAAGACAAGGAGCUCAUCAAGAGCCGGGUGUUGGAAGCUGCGGAGAUCAUCGCCAAAGGUCAGGGUCGAAGUGUGCAAGAAGCUCUGGAGAACAUCGGUAUCAGUCCACAAUGCGGGUUCGCCAGUGUUGCUAUCGGUGCUGAAGGUAUGGAUGAGGAGAAGAUGUUCAAGAAAUUGGCACUGGUUAAGGCGGUCGCCAGAGAGGUGUGGCCCGAUCGACCUUAA